CGGCAGCCAAUUUGUAGCACUGCCUUCGGUCCUGGCGCGCCAGCUGUGGCUGCUGUUGGCUUCCCCCGCAUCUCUCGCUCCCUCCGCUGCCCCGUGCGCGGAACCGCCAUGGCUGCCUGGAGCGGGUCCGGUUCCGUCUCGACAACCUCGGUCAGGCCCAGCUUGACCUCCGUCUCCUCGGGAGAGCUGCAGAGCCUUCGGACGUGCAACUGCGAGAUGGCGGUGCUACCGCUGCGGCAGCUGUUAGCCCUACAGCCGGACGCCUUCCAGCUGCAAGGGGACGCUCUGGCGGUGCUGAGUCCGCUCAGCCGCCGGCCCGGGGGCGGCUUCACGGUGAUAAGCGACGGGUUUCUCCAGCUGGAUGGGCGGCAGCAGUGCAGCCUCACCGGCUAUUUCAAGAGGCACGUAGAGUUGAAUACCCAUUAUGAUUACAAAAACUACAGAGAGACUAUACUGGGUCGGCCAUUGGUGUUUUUCAUUAAUGUUAGAAAAAAAUAUAAUUCUUCAAAAGAAAAAACAUACGCUUUGCUUGUGAAUACUCGACACCCAAAGAUGAGAAGACAGAUAGAGAAUAGCAUGAACAACAUAAUAUCUUCUGUGAUUGGGGAAAGCUAUAAACUUCAGUUUGAUUUCCAGGAUGUUGUGAAGAAGUUUUUUCCUUCAGAAGCCCAUCUUGUUAAUGAAGAAAGCUUGAGUUUCUCCUAUGAGUUCAAAACUGAUGCCUUAUUUGAUUUCUUUUAUUGGUUUGGGAUCAGCAAAAGCACUGUUUCAGUGAAUGGGAAAGUUCUUAACUUAUCAAGUACCAAUCCAGAGAAGAAAGAAAUUAUAACUAAGUUUCUGGAUAAAAUGAGUGAAGCAAAUUUACGCUCAAACAACUUUUCAGACAGGAAGUUCAGUGUUACCUCUAGAGUUUCAAUAGAUGACGUGUUUAAUGGCAACUUGACAUCACAGUCAACUUGGAUGGAGCCUCCUUCAGCACUCUGGACAAUUUCAGGGUCUCAGGAGCUUGGAGACAGGUCAAGCACUGAAAUCUGAUUUUCUUAACAUCAAGAAAGAUAUAUUGAAGAAAGAAGGAAAAUAACCACAUUGGAAUUAUCCUUAUCUCAGGAUGCAAGGAAUUCCCAAAAGGGAGGGGUUUUUUUUGCCUUUUGUUGCAAAUAAUAGGAUGUAUCUGCUUUCAUUGAUUCAGGAUCCUGAUUACUGAAGUGAUACUUGCAGAGCAUCAACAUUAAAGGCUGCUGAAGCCUAGAGUUUUUGGUAUUGCAGUUAUCCUUAAGCAUAUAGCUAGAAUGAUUUUAAAUCCUGGAUUAUUUCAGCAGUUUCUAAGUAACUACCAGGUUUUCAGAGUCAGGGGAAAAUAUAUUAUUUUUACAAUUGCUCCAACAUUUAUCACACCCUGGCAAAUUAAUAAUUACAAACAGCUCUGAAUUAUGUAAAAUGGAUGGUGGUAAAGAACUGGCAGAGGGAAUAUUCAAAUCCAAGUCUUUUGAUCCAAGAAGUCAGCUGCUGUCAGAGUUUGGCUCUGUUCUGGCUUGGAAAAUUUUGCUAUAUGCCCUAACUUUCAUUUAUUGGGCAUUAUUGUCACAAGGGCUGUGCAGUGCUUCAGAUUUAAUCCAAAAAAUGACUCAGAAUGCUCAAACAUAGCAUCCAUCCAGUUCUUUAAAGCAGCUACAUCUUUUCCCAGGAUUGUGUGGCUGCAACUGUUGCACUGUCCUAGGAAAAGACAGACUGCUUUACGCAGCAGCAGACAAGUGCUACAUUGUAUUUUUUUGGAACUGAAUCCAAAACGCUGUGCAGUCCUAUUUUGCAUACGCUGUACCUCUCAAAAUAUAGGAUAAACAUUUGUUCUUUUCAGAUACUACUGGAAUACGUAAACAUAAUACAUUAAAGGAGAUGCUCUGAAUCAGAGGUUAAUAUCUUGGAAGGUUAAAGAAAAUGUCAGUGAUAAGUAUUCCCACAGUAAAUGGGAGGGGCAGAGACCGAAAUGGUUCUAACUUGAGGAGUCACUUUAGGGCUGCCUGAUGAAUAUUUUACUUUCUCUUUAUGCCAUAACAUUAAAACACUAUUUUCAUAGCUGAAGUAUAAUCUUUUCAUCAUGGAAAUCCUGACCUUGUUAUAUAUGAAUUGCAUGGUAUAAUUUGGGCUUGUAGCAGCCUUUCCCAACUGAUGCCUCCCAGAUGCCUUCUAGGACUGCAACUCCUAGAAUUCCCACCUGAAUGGCCUUCUGGCUGUAGGCCCACCACAUCUGGAGAGCGCCAGCAGGUUUAAAGAAUGACUGGAAUGAAUGUGCCAUAAAAUUAUCUUUUUUCCUGGCAGGCUUUUUUUUAUUAUCAUGUUAAAUGUCUACAUCUUAAGGAAUGUUGGAAGCAAUAUUCAGUCUCUUUAUAUAAACAAUUGCCUAAUCAGUGCCUUCUAUAAGUCUUUGUUUUACAAUAAACAGAGGUUACAUGGA